UAUAAUAUAUAAAUAUAUCGAAAAGAACAAUAUUUUUCAUGUCACAAAUUCAGAGUUUGGAAUAUAUAUGUAAAUAUCUAAGAUCAAAAAGUAAAACUACAACUUAAUUCGCCCAGGGAUAUGGCUUCAAAACCUGUAGUAAUAAUAAUUGGGUGGUACUGGUUAUGGCUGCAGGUGCUGAGUUUGGGACCGAUCAGUAGCUCCGCAGAUCCACAAACCAAACUGUUGAACCAAGGAUGCAGCCAGUACAAUGCCACGGACUUCACUGAUUUCUUCGCCAAUCUCAACGCCACUUUCUCCGACCUCAGGGCACAGCUCCGCGGCGGCGAUAAGCGCUUCGCGACGGCGCAGCAGGCGCGGGGAUCCGACCCCGUUUAUGCCAUGGCGCAGUGCAGGGAUUACCUCUCCACAGCCGACUGCGCUGCUUGCUUUGCAGCCGCAGAGAAGCAAAUUCGCAAUUGCGCCGCAGCCAAUGGUGCUCGCGUCAUUUACGACGGCUGCUUACUCAGGUACGAGGCCAACGGGUUCUUCGACCAAACCACUCUUCCAGGCAACGUAGGAAUUUGCGGUAAGCAGACGAUACCACAUAGCCCCGCCGCAUUCACUUCCGCUGUCGACAAUGUUUUAUCAACUCUUCAAGCCGCAACGCCCAAGAUUAACGGUUUCUUCGCGGCAGAAAAGAAGGUAGUAAGCACAGGUGGCGGAAACUUGACGGUGUGUGGGGUGGCACAAUGCGCGCAGACAGUGAGUAGCAGUGGCUGCCUUGAUUGCUUGAAAGUGGCCUUUGCCAACCUCCAACAUUGCCUUCCUCACUCCGACGGUAGGGCGGUCGAUGCAGGCUGUUUCCUUAGGUACUCCAAUGCUUCCUUUUUUGCAGAUAAUCAGACCACAAAUUUGGCUCCCUUCUUAAACAAUGCAGGUAGUUCAAGCGAGAAAGCCAUAAUUGGAGGCGUAGCAGGAGGUGUAGGUGCUCUAGUGCUCUUGAUCAUAGUUGGAAUUUUCAUUUGGUUUAAACGAUAUUCGAAAAAGAAACAGGCAGUUGCCAGAGGUAACAUAUUGGGAGGUACGGAAUUACAAGGCCCUGUCAAUUAUAAGUACAAGGAUUUGAAAAGUGCAACAAUGAAUUUCAGUGAAGAAAAUAAACUUGGGGAGGGUGGCUUUGGAGACGUUUACAAGGGGAGUUUGGGGAAUGGGAAAAUUGUAGCAGUGAAAAGGCUAGCAAUUGGGCAGACACAAAGAGGAAAAGCUGAUUUUGAGAGUGAGGUGAGGCUGAUAAGCAACGUUCAUCACCGCAAUUUGGUGCGACUUCUUGGCUGUUGCAAUAAUGGCCGAGAGCUUCUUCUCGUUUAUGAGUUCAUGCCCAAUAGCAGCCUCGACAGAUUCUUAUUCGGAGACCAACGAAGAGGAAAUCUGAAUUGGAGUCAAAGGCAUAAUAUAAUAAUGGGGACAGCAAGGGGUCUUGCUUAUCUACAUGAGGAAUUCCAUGUGUGUAUAAUACACAGAGACAUUAAAACAAGUAACAUUCUUUUAGAUGAUGAUUUCAACCCUAGAAUUGCUGACUUCGGUUUGGCAAAACUUUUGCCUCAAGACCAAUCUCAUCUCAGCACCAGAUUUGCUGGAACUUUGGGAUAUACAGCACCUGAAUAUGCAAUUCAUGGGCAGUUGUCAGAGAAGGCUGAUACUUAUAGUUAUGGUGUGGUUGUACUUGAAAUCAUAAGUGGCCAAAAGAGCACUGAGAUUAAAGAGAGUGAACAAGAUGGUCAAUACCUCCUUCAACGGGCAUGGAAUCUUUAUGAGAGUAACAAGCACAUAGAGUUGCUGGACGAAAACUUGGAAGUGGACGAGUACGAAGGAGAAACAGUGAAGAAAAUCAUAGAGAUUGCUCUUAUGUGCGUACAAUCAUCCCCUGCCAUGAGGCCUACAAUGUCUGAAGUUGUCGUUUUGCUCAAAACGAAGAACUCAUCAUCAGUAAUGGAGGACUCUCGGCCACCGACUAGGCCUGUCUUCGUUGAUGUUAACCAAAAGCCACGAGGAGACACCUCGACCUCUACUGCUUCAUCCACUACGUCCAAUGCUACUGCCUCCAUAUCUCGGAUUUCAGGUCGUUGAACUUUCAGGUUAAGUUGAACUCUACUGUUUAAGUAAAAUUAAAACGUUUCCGAUCGUAAGAGUAUAUAUAUUUGUGUACAUGAACAACAAUUGUGAGACUUUAUUUCUAAGUGUAUUAGACAUACUAGAUACAAGGAUGCACGUUUCUUUAGUUUUAAUUAUAAAAUUUAUUAAUUAUUUUUAUUAAA